GCAUGGCGGCUAUUCGUAAGAAGCUGGUGAUCGUGGGAGAUGGUGCUUGUGGGAAGACCUGUCUGUUGAUAGUCUUCAGUAAAGACCAGUUCCCCGAGGUCUACGUACCCACUGUCUUUGAGAACUAUGUGGCUGACAUCGAGGUGGACAGCAAGCAGGUAAUGCAUACAGACGCAACAUACACACUGUCUAUUUCUCAGUUGAAGGUGUAAACCAGGUUAGGUGAAAUACAUAGGCCUAAUUGCUAGUAGGUUUUGAAGGUGGCUUCAGUGUUGGUGUGUUCAAGGGUGGCAUUGCUGGUAUCGGCUGGUUGAGAUUGAGCUGGAUUUAUCUGUAGCUAUAGAGGCAGACGGGUAUAAUGGCACAGCACAUGUUUAUUCAGUUGACCAAGUAAUAUAAACAUAUUAGGCGCAGCAUAUGCUACUGAAUAAUGUAAUGAAUAUGUAAUCUAAAGUUGUAAUGUACGACCGUAUGGCGCUUUAUUAGAUAGAGGUCCGAGGGGGUUAUAAACCCAUGUGUCCUGUCCUCAAUAUGGUUCGACUAGAAAUCUGGGACAUCUAGCCUAGUUUUUAUUGGCUAAAUGAAUUCUACUUCAUGUGCCAUACUUGUCGAAGUGUCUUGCUCUAAUUUGCUUUCCCCACUUGCCCUUCUUGGUUGUGAGUUUUAUUUUUUCCCUUUAGUGUCAGAGUUAUGAAUGCCUUCAUGAAAUGUUCAGUUAUCCAUGUUCAAAGAGUUUUGUGUUUUUCUGACAUCCUCCUCUAUUCAUUAGUCAUUGAAGUUGACCUACCCCCAAAACCAAUAUCCAUUUAUCCUGAUUUUCCAAACAAUGUGCUGUGGGUUCAUGAAAGUCUGCAGUAUGCAGACAUCAUUAACUGUUGAAUUUACAUUUACGUUAUGUUUAUAUAGAUGGUAUAUGUAUGAUUUAUUUCUGUUGCCGUGGGUUUACUGAUAAACCCAGUCACUAGAACACUAACAGCUGCCAUACACUUGCCACUUUGAGCAAAUGUUUUUUGGGAGGUAAUAGGGCAGCACCAUGUUCUUGCUCAGCAGGCACUAAACAGGAAAUAUUUUUUAAAUGGAAAACUGAAAUGGGCAGUCUUUGAAGAUGAAUGAUAGAUAUAUUGGAUUCGGGUAGUACGCCCCCGGUUUCAAAACAAGGUCACGAUUUGAUACAUAUUGCAGUUCUAUAUGUAUAGCAAGUCCAUAAAGUAUCACAAUCCUCAACUGUAUAGAGAUUUUUUUUGCACGUCUGGCCCUAUGUGGAUUAACAGUGGUGGUUGUCUACUCUGUACUAGGUGGAGCUGGCUCUGUGGGAUACAGCUGGCCAAGAGGACUACGACAGGCUUCGCCCCCUCUCCUACCCCGAUACUGACGUCAUCCUCAUGUGCUUCUCCAUUGAUAGCCCAGACAGUUUGGGUGAGCUCACACGCACUCAGACUUGCUCUCUGUCUUACCAUCAUCAGCACACAGUUUCCUUUUAUGUCCGUUGCCAUUACGGGAAUGUAGGUGGUUUGUUCAGCCCAUUCUGGCUAGUGAAGUACUCACACAAGCAUAAGACAGCAAUAGCUCUUCUCUCCAACCCUCUGUACACUACCUACAGCUGGCAUAACGUACUGGGGCAUUGGUGUGUGUGCCUGUAUGACCCCCAACCUUUUGCUCUUUUACAGAGAACAUUCCAGAGAAAUGGACUCCCGAGGUCAAACACUUCUGUCCCAAUGUUCCCAUCAUCCUCGUAGGCAACAAGAAGGACCUGCGCAAUGAUGAACACACACGCCGCGAGCUGGCCAAGAUGAAACAGGUACGUAGAAAUAACACCAAUAUUUCCCCUCUCCACCAACUUCUCAGAUGGAAAAACAAACCGGGUUGAGAAAUAAAGUGCCGCGUUGGCUAUAAAGGUUUUGGGAAACUCACUCUAGGCCUAGAUCAGGGAUAGGCAAUUUUGAUGGGGGUGGGGGGACACAAAAAAUCUGAACUCCUCACGGGGGACCACAGUUGCUCGGGGUUCUGCAUACCCACAUCCAUCCCCCCAACAUUGUGAGCAAAACAUUUUAGUGGCCCCCCUCUUGACAGCGGAGAGAAAUUGUUGAUGUUUUGGAGUUAAUUUCAUGCAAUUCUACACAUUUUGUCAUGGAGUAUAGAGAAAAAUGUUAGUUUUAAAGCAAGUUUGCUGCAAUUGUACACUUUGCCAUAGGGCGAAGAGACGAUUUAGCAAUUUUAUAACAAAUUUAAUUUAUUCUACUCAUUUUGCCAUGAGGUGAAGAGGAACAUGAUGGUUAGAGCCAAUUUCCUGCAAUUCUACACAUUUUGCUACAGGGUGGAGAGAAAUGUUUGCAGUUUUUUAUAUUAUAUCUGAGUGAGACUUACUAAAAAAAAUCUAUGGGCCCCCCGGCAAAGUUCCCUCAACAUUUUUCCCAUACGGACCAAAUUUCAUGUCUGCUGAGCGCAAACUUGAACGUUGUGAAAAUUCUGUGCAACUUCCAGUGCACGUUUACUGUGAACAUUGAGGCUGUACCCGCUUUAAGUUUUAAGUUGCCAAGUAGGCUACUGUGGCUAUUUGAUCAUAAUCUAGGCCUACCAGAGUUGCCUACCAUCAAAAACAAUAGAAAAAAUGCAUCCCAUAACAUUUUAACAUGGAAAUUGCUGUUCUAUCAUUCAGCCUACAGUAGCAGCCAAUGUGUGGUGUUCAGUGUAGGUCUACAUUCCAUGAAACAUUUGGAAAAAAUGUGCAGGGCUUGACAUUAACCUGUUUAUCCACUUGUCCUUCAGACAAGGAGGUGACUCAAAAUGUUGUUUGAUGCAAGAAACCACUUUACAAAAUAAAAUGCAUUAUUAUUCCCAUACCAUUAUUACAGAGAAUCAGACAAUUGAUACGAGGGCCUUAAAAAGGGCCCGCCAGUUGCCCAUCCCUGGCAUUUACCAUUCAACUGUAUCUAUCACUCUUUCCCCAUUUAUAUGGUCAGUGUAUUCGUUGUCCUGACAGUCUCUCUUAACUCUCUCUGUAGGAGCCAGUGAAGCCAGAGGAGGGCCGUGACAUGGCCAACAGGAUUGGAGCGUACGGCUACAUGGAGUGCUCAGCCAAGUCGAAGGAUGGCGUACGAGAUGUGUUUGAGAUGGCCACCAGGGCGGCACUACAGGCCCGGAGGGGCAAGAAGAGCAAUAAAUGUCUCCUGCUG